CGCAAAAGUAUAUUUUCUAUCUCCCAUCGUCUCUUUCGUUUACGUUUCCUCUCUUUAAAACCGUUCUUCGACUAUGACGAUCUCUAUUGAGAAGCCGAUAUUUGACAAGAACGAAGACAAAACCGGAGAGUUAAGAUCAGAUGGAAGAUUUUCGAUGCCAAACAUAGCUACUGAAGAAGAAGUAGCGCUCUUGGCACCUGAAAUGAAUGCAUUCGGCCGUCAAUUCAGGGACUACGAUGCUAAGAGUGAAAGGCAGAAAAGUGUUGAAGAGUUUUACAGUUUACAACAUAUUAACCAAACUGUCGACUUUGUGAAAAAGAUGAGGGCUGAAUAUGGAAAAUUAGAUAAAAAGGUGAUGAGCAUUUGGGAAUGUUGUGAGCUCCUUAACGAGGUGGUGGACGAAAGUGAUCCAGAUCUUGACGAGCCUCAGAUUCAGCAUUUGCUUCAAUCUGCCGAAGCUAUCCGCAAAGAUUAUCCUAAUGAAGACUGGCUUCAUCUAACCGCUCUUAUUCAUGAUCUUGGGAAGGUUAUUACUCUUCCACAAUUCGGAGGACUUCCUCAAUGGGCCACUGUCGGUGACACAUUCCCUGUUGGGUGUGCCUUUGAUGAAUCUAACGUACACCACAAGUAUUUUCUGGAAAAUCCAGAUUUUCAUAACCAAGCCUACAACACUAAAAAUGGGAUAUACACUGAAGGAUGUGGAUUAAACAAUGUCAUGAUGUCAUGGGGCCAUGACGACUACAUGUACAUGGUGGUUAAAGAGAACAGAAGCACCUUACCGUCUGCAGGACAGUUCAUCAUACGAUACCAUUCCUUUUACCCAUUGCACACGGCUGGAGAAUACACCCAUCUUAUGAAUGAGGAAGACAAAAGGAACCUGAAGUGGCUACACGUUUUCAACCAGUACGACUUGUACAGUAAGAGCAAAGUUCACGUUGAUGUGGAGAAGGUCAAGCCCUACUAUAUGUCUCUUAUAAAAAAAUAUUUUCCGGAGAGCUUGAAGUGGUGAAAUGUGGAGGAAAAAAAGUAGCAAUGAACAUAGUCGAUUCUGAAGACAUUGUUAUGACAAUUAUAUGGGAUCUCUAAUUUUAAAAAGGCCACUUAAAAAGAGAUCAUAUUAUAUAAUUUGGCCAAAAAAUACUAUAUAUA